AUGGCUCCUCUAUCCAAGUUCCUAGUAGGCCUGGCUCUAAGGAACGCCUUGGAGGAAGCUGGCUGCCAACCUGAUGCCUGGGCCCUACAGUUUCAGCUCUAUCGCUGGGGUGGUGUGAAUGCAACAGAGGGCCUCAUUCACCAUCUUCAAGGACUCCAGAAAGGCAGAAGUACAGACAGCAGAGUGUCAGUGGAAGCCCUCUCCUCUGCUCUGCAACUGUUAGCCAGGGAGCAGCCAGGGCAAAAGAGGGUGAGACGCUCCUUCUCCACUAAGGACUGUGAGAAUGAGCAGGAACAAGGUGUGCAUAAUGUCAUCCGUCUAUUGCCAGGAGUGGGAACCUACUAUAACCUGGGCACAGCUUUCUACUAUGCCAUUCAGAAUUGCUCUGACAAGGCCAAGGAACGAGGUCAAGAUGGAGCCCUAGAUCUGGGUUAUGACCUUUUGAUGACCAUGGCAGGACUGUCAGGAGGGCCCACAGGUCUAGUGAUCAGUGCUGCACUUAAACCAGCAUUAAAGGCUGGUGUACAGCAACUGAUCCAGUAUUAUUAUGAAGAGAAAGAGACAAACAUCCCUCAGCCAGAGACCAGCAAGGAGGGCUUGUGGAGCACCUCAGAUGUGAGUGACUUGGAAGAAACAACUACCAUGUCUCCUUUGGUCUCAGAAGUAGUAAGUCCAGGGCUGGGGAUUUGGCACAGUGGUAAAGUGCUUUUCUGGUAUGGGUGA